AGGGCAGGUCGCAUUCGUGGAAAGCUACUUGGGUGUUCCUACUUUGCCGCGACACUUUGCUGAGUAGAACUACUACCGGGUGUUAAAGUCGAAUCCUUGGGGCCUUCGAUACCCACGACUGCAGUGGGUCCUGAGCUACAAUGGAAAUGUUUUUACUGAAAAUGUUCCAGAUAUUUCCCAUGGCACUCUUCCAGUUCGCGUUCACCUUUGCGUGCUUUCUACUGUAUAAGUGGAACCUGGAAUUUUUUGGGGUUCGAGAUCAACGCUUACGUUUGAUGCUGAGUGAAAUAGCAUUCGCCAUCCAGGAGAUCUAUCUCCAGUACCCAGAUAUAGUAGUCAUCAUUGGAUUGACAAUCUCCUUUUUCAGUCUCAGAUGCGUCCGCUUCAAGUGGGCCAUAAUCAACAUUAUAGCAUGUUUGACAAUGCCAAAGGAUAUGGUGCAGACUAUGAUUUGGCGGAUGCUAUUAAUGACCAGCGCCAUGGGAUUUGUUUAUGUGCAUACAGAAUGUAUUCGUCUGCUUCGCAGACGACCACGUCUGCCUGAAGGCCAAAUUCCACUGGAGCAAAUGAUGUUAUUGCUUGAUGAUGGAGCAAAUAUACCGGAGCAGGGUAACUGAUUAAGCUUUGCGUCACUUGUAACGAGGUUGCGAGAAAAUGCAGCAAGAGGUGUUCACAAC